AACUGUGUGCCAUAUGAAAUCAAACCAAGGUAACCUCGAAACCUUUGACAGAGGAUUUCUAUGACUGACCUACAGUAGGCAGUAAAAACAUUUUCUAAGUGGCUGUCAAAUAUUAUUCCGUUUUAUUAUUAAUUUAUAAAUAAACAAAAUGGUCUCUAUUCUCAAUACUAUCGAUACCGGUCACGAAGACAUGAUUCAUGAUGCGGAAAUGGAUUAUUAUGGGUUAAGAUUAGCUACGUGUUCGAGUGACAAUUCCAUCAAGAUUUUUGAUUUAAAGAAUGGAUCGCAAAAUUUGGCAGCAGAACUGAAAGGACACAGUGGUCCAGUUUGGCAAAUUGCUUGGGCUCAUCCAAAGUUUGGGAAUCUCAUUGCAUCAUGUAGCUAUGAUAGAAAAGUUAUAAUAUGGAAAGAACUCAAUGAAUGGACAAAAAUUCAUGAACACACUGUUCACGAUUCUUCAGUCAAUUCAAUUGCUUGGGCACCCCAUGAAAUUGGACUUGUUCUUGCAUGUGGCAGCUCUGAUGGUUCCAUAUCUAUUUUAACAAAUAAUGGAGAUAACUAUGAAUCAACCAAGAUCCCAAAUGCCCACACUAUUGGAUGUAACUCAAUUUCUUGGUGUCCAGCUGUAGAAUCAACCUUAGAUUCUAUUUCACAACAAAAAAUCCUAAUUAAAAGAUUAGCAUCUGCUGGUUGUGAUAAUUUAAUUAAAAUAUGGAAAGAAGAAGGAGAAAGAUGGAUUGAGGAAAAUAAAUUAGAAGCUCACAGUGACUGGGUGAGAGAUGUUGCAUGGGCUCCAGCUAUAGGCCCACCAAGAGCUGCUCUAGCUUCAUGCUCUCAAGAUCGUAGAGUAAUCAUUUGGACUUCCACAGACUAUGUCAGCUGGACACCAAAUAUUUUAAAUGUUUUUGAUGAUGUAGUAUGGAAUGUUAGUUGGUCUCUCACUGGUGGAAUACUCGCGGUCAGCGGCGGAGAUAACAAAGUUUCUCUGUGGCGUGAAAAUACCGAAGGACAAUGGAUUUGUAUAUCAGAACUCAACAAAGGCCAAGGAAAUAUUAAUAAUCCCGAUCAGAGAGCCCUUUAAAAAACUUCAUUAUCCAAUAUAAGAGAAAAGGAGUUUUUUGUAAAUUCCUACAUUGUAUACUUAUUUGAUUAAAUAUAUAAGUUUGUAUAAACAUUUU